CCUGUUCUCCCACACACCGUUAACAAUCCUCCCUUAAAGUUGACAGCAUUUUCAUUGAAAGCAUCUUUCAUAUCCCAAUUUAUCCGAAAUAGAUCUAGAGUUACAGCAACAAUGUCUGACGGUGGAGAUGACGCAUUCAUGUCGCAAGAUGACAGCGAUGCUUAUGAGCCAGAGACCACUAAAAAGGCUGUAAAAUCAAAGGCUGCACCAAAGAAGGCAACAGCAGUCAGUAAGCCGAAAGCAACCAAAUCAGUAAAGGUAGACCUGAAUAGUACAGCGCCAAAGAAGCGAAAGCUCGAUAGCAGCACUAUUGGCGAAGAGGUGAACAGUGAUGGCAACAAUAGUCAAAAUGACGAUCCAAAGCCACCGCCAGCAAAAGCGCAAAAGAAGACUACUGAAUACAAUGAGGACCGCACCAUCGAAGAGAUCUAUCAAAAGAAGACUCCUCUGGAACAUAUCUUACUACGACCCGACACAUAUAUUGGUACAACCGAAAUGAAUCAACAAACACUUUGGGUACUUGAUCCAGACUCUACAAAGUUCGUCAAUAGGCAAGUUAGUAUUGUUCCUGGUCUAUAUAAGAUCGUGGAUGAAAUCAUUGUUAAUGCAGCCGACAACAAGAUUCGAGAUCCAAAUAUGGACACUAUCAAAAUUGACAUAGAUAAGGAGAACGGGCAGAUUUCAGUAUACAAUAAUGGGAGAGGGAUUCCUGUAGAGAUGCACAAAAAAGAAGGGUGCUAUGUCCCUGAGCUCAUCUUCGGACAUUUGCUCACAUCAUCAAACUACGACGAUUCGCAGAAAAAGGUUACAGGAGGAAGGAAUGGAUAUGGAGCGAAGCUCUGCAACAUUUUCAGCACAGAAUUUAUUGUGGAGACAGCAGAUAAAAAGAAUGGUCUCACUUAUAAGCAGGUUUUCAACAAGAAUAUGUCCAUUACAGGCAAACCCAAGAUUUCACCUAUGAAGAAAGGAGAAGAAUUCACCAGGAUCACGUUCAAGCCUGACUUUCAGAGAUUUAGCAUGGAUUGUAUUGAUGCUGACCUAGAAGCUCUACUGAAAAAACGAACAUACGACAUGGCGGGCUGUGUCAAAGGUGUCAAAGUCUAUUUGAAUGGAGAGCGCAUCAAGAUCAAGAACUUUAAGGAGUAUAUUGAGAUGUAUAUACCGGAAUCUACAGAGGGCCAGGAUAAACCCAAGCUUAUUUAUGAUACACCCGAUCCGCGGUGGGAGAUCGCCUGCAUUCCAAGUGAUGGGCAGUUCCAACAAGUCAGUUUUGUGAACAGCAUUUCGACUUCUAAGGGAGGUGUUCAUGUGGAUUACGUGGCGAAUCAGAUCGUCAAGGAGCUUGUCACAGUAGUCAAGAAGAAAUCAAAGUCGACCAAUGUCAAGCCUUUCCACAUUAAGAGCCAUAUUUGGGUCUUCAUCAAUUGCCUCAUUGAGAACCCAGCCUUUGACUCUCAAACAAAAGAAAACAUGACAUUGAAGCAGUCAGCCUUCGGGUCAAAGUGCGAACUCAGCGAAAAGUUCAUCAAAGAGAUCAUCAAGUCACCUAUUGUUGAAGGUGUGGUCAAUUGGGCUAAUGUCAAGGAUGCUCUGGCGCUCAAGAAGACGGACGGUUCGUCGAAUAGACAGCGUCUCACUAAUAUUCCCAAACUUGAGGAUGCGCACAAGGCUGGCCGUGGAGGACGAGACUGUACUCUAAUCCUCACAGAAGGAGACUCGGCCAAAUCGCUGGUCAUGUCAGGAUACAGUGUUCUCAAACGCGAUUUUUACGGAGUCUUUCCUCUUCGAGGAAAGCUUCUCAAUGUGCGAGAUACAGCAACUAGCGCUGUUUCCACUAACAAGGAGAUUGGUUAUAUCAAGCAAAUCCUGGGUCUGAAGCAAGGCAAGACGUAUACCAGUAUCGAUGAAUUGAGAUAUGGUCAUCUUAUGAUCAUGACAGAUCAGGACCAUGAUGGAUCUCACAUUAAGGGGCUUGUCAUCAAUUUCUUGGAUCACUAUUUUCCUUCACUUCUUAAGAUUCCUGGCUUCUUGGUUGAGUUUAUCACGCCUAUUGUCAAGGCGACAAAAGGUCGCGAGAAGCUUUCGUUUUAUACUAUCCCAGAGUAUGAGGCCUGGAAAGAAUCUGUAGAUGGCGCUAAAGGCUGGAACAUCAAGUAUUAUAAAGGUCUGGGAACAAGCACCACGGAGGAUGCCAAGGAUUAUUUCAGCCAUAUGGAGAAGCAUAAGAAGGAAUUUGCUCCUAUAACAGAUCAUGCUCGUGCUCUAGUUGACAUGGCUUUUAAUAAGAAGAAGGCUGACGAGCGCAAGGAAUGGCUCAGUCAAUUCCAGCCUGGUACAUAUUUGGACACCACCAUUAACGAGAUCCCGAUAGAGGAUUUUAUCAACAAAGAGCUGAUUUUAUUCUCAAUGGCAGACAAUAUCCGCUCAAUUCCUUCAAUGGUUGACGGUCUUAAGCCAGGUCAGCGAAAGGUCAUCUUUGGAGCCUUCAAGAAAAAGAUUGCUGGAGAGAUUAAGGUGGCGCAACUGUCUGGGUACGUGUCUGAGAAAUCCGCAUAUCACCAUGGUGAACAAAGUUUGACAAUGACAAUUGUUGGCCUCGCACAGAAUUUCGUAGGCAGCAACAACAUCAACCUACUUUCACCCGUUGGUCAAUUUGGUAGCAGAAUGCAAGGAGGCAAAGAUGCUGCCAGUGCCCGUUAUAUCUUCACAGCGAUCCCAGCCAUUACCCGCUGUAUCUUCCACAUUCAUGAUGACCCCCUCUUAACUUACUUGAACGAUGAUGGUGAUUGGAUUGAGCCAGAGUGGUAUAUGCCUGUGAUCCCCAUGGUCCUUGUUAAUGGAGCAGAGGGCAUUGGAACAGGAUGGAGCUCUACCAUCCCUAACUACAAUCCCAUGGAUAUCAUUGCCAAUAUCCGUCGACUGAUGAAGGGUGAGCAGCAAGUACCAAUGAUGCCAUGGUACCGUGGCUUUGUGGGACGGGUCGAGAAGGAGGGGGAGCACAAGUACAAGGUCUCUGGAACUAUUGAGGAGCUUAAUGAUACGACGGUUCGGAUCACAGAGCUGCCCAUCCGGACAUGGACAACGCCUUAUAAAGAGCAACUGGAGAGCUGGAUCUCCGGGACUGAAAAACAGGCAGCAUGGGUCAAAGACUACCGUGACAAUGGAACUCUCACAAGUAUUGAUCUGUCUAUCACUCUCACGCAGGAUCAAAUGCGUAAGGCUCGUGAAGAAGGUCUUGAGUCCAAGUUCAAGCUCACGAGUAGCAUCUCGACAACAAAUAUGGUCUGCUUCGAUCCUCAAGGACGCAUUAAACGGUACUCAUCGCCUGAGGAGAUUGUGCAGGAGUUUUAUGAUCUCCGACUUGAUUACUACCGCAGACGCAAGGACCACCUCAUUGAUCUUUUAACAAAACAAUGGACACGUCUCGAUAAUAAGGUCCGGUUCAUUUUGAUGAUUAUUUCUGGUGAACUUCAAGUCCAAAACCGCAAGAAAGCACUCAUUGUUCAGGAUAUGCAUAUGAAAGGUUUCACAAGGAUCCAGGAUUUAGAUAUAGAGGUGGAUCAGGCAGUAGUUCCUGACCCAGGCGCCGUUAAACCCAAGGUUGAAAAUGGAAACGAAUUUGAUUAUCUUCUCAAGAUGGCCAUCUGGAGUCUGACCCACGAGAAAGUUGAAGAACUCAAGAAGGAGCGUGACAUGAAGAAUGCGGAACUGAAGCUGCUGAUCGACAAGUCUGCAUACGAUCUCUGGAAUGAGGAUCUGGACGCGCUUAUGGCAGCAUGGGAGACGUUAUUACAGGCUGAUAUUGACGAAGCUAACUACAUGGGAAGCGGUAACAAAGGUAAAAAGCCAAUAUCCCGAGGUCGUGGUAAGACUCUUGGUGCUACGAGUGGGAAGGUGUCAGCCAAGAAAGCUAACGAUGAUGACGACUUUGAGGACAAGCCGCCCAAGAAGACCCCCGCUUCAAAGAAAAUAACAACAGCCAAAAACGAGUCAUCUCUACCGAGUGUGAAGCCGGAAGUUAAAGAGGAGUCGAUCUCUAAUUUUUUUACCAAAUCUGGAGCCUCAACUCCCUCUAGUGUUUCCACUUCAUCUUCAGUACCCAAGAAACAACAGUCGAUCGUAGACAUGAUGAAGAGUAAAGCGGCACAAACUCCUGUCAAGACAGAGGUGAAGAGCGAACCUGAAAGCGCGAAUGAGCCGUUGAAGAUGGCAGUUGAAAAGAAGAAAGGCAAGAGUCGGCUCAAAAAGGUCAUCUCGGAUAGUGAAGAUGAAGCUGAUGGUGACAGCGACUUUGGAUCAUCUCGCAAAAGGGGUUCUUCCCGGAUUAAUGAUGAUGAUGACGUUGAGAUGGAUGAUAUUGUUGUAGCACCUCGUGAAGCACGUGCUCCGAGAGCUGCUCGUGCCAAGCGGGCUGCAAUUGUAGAUCGAGACACAGAAGAUGAAGAGGAUAUUGAAGAAAGCUUUUUACCAUCACCAAAGAAGGCUACUACAAUGAAUGCACUUCCUCCUGUUAGCAAGCCCACGAAAAGUGUUGAUUUGGAAGAGCAGCGUCUAAAGGAGAAGAAGGAGAAAAAAUCUUCGCCGGCAGCGAUGGAUGAAACUUUGAGUGGAGAUGAUGGAAAUAAACCAUCUAAGGCUACCACAUCGAAGCAAAAAGGCAAAGCUACAAACAAGGCACGAAGUCGAAAGAUCUUGUCGGAUGAUGAUGAUGAUGAUGGCGAUGCCGAAGCCUUUGUUGGUGACAAUGAUGAUGAAAACGGAGAUGACUAUGUUGAGCAUAAGCCUAAGAAGACAGCAACACCGCGCGCGGCCUCUAAGGCUGCCAGACCACCCGUUCCUGGUCGUAGCGCCGCGGUCAGUGCGGCUAAGAAGAUGUUCUCCUUGUCGAACGAGGACGAUGCUGAUGACAAUCAUCCAGAUGAAGAUGUUAAUAUGGCAGAAGGCAAUGAUGUUCACCAUGAAAGCAGCGUUGCCAAGACGCAGGAUGACAAUGCUGCGGACGAAGUUGGGAUAGGAUUCGCGUCUGAUGAUGAUGCUAAUUCUUCUCGAAAUCCAAUCAAGGUCAAGCCGACGCCUUCAGCAUCAAAAUCACAAACAAUUUUACCACCAGCGAUCCCGGAUGAUGACUCAAUGUUUUCAAUUAUGGUACCCUCUAAGGUAUCGCAGGUAAAGAAGCGAAUUCCAAUGUCGAGUCGCAAUGGUAGCAGUACAUCAUUGACAGGAGGAGUCAAUGCUGGUAGUGGUGGUAGUAAUGGAGAACCAUCAUCGUCGUCAACAUCGCUCAACUCGACUGGAGCAGUAGCUGGCGCCAAGACUCUCAAUUCAUCGUCGUCAUCAUCACCCGUCAAAUCCUUGACGUCUGGGGCAGGCUCACAGUUACUGGCAGAGUUGGACAACGUAUCGGCGAUUGUAUCACGACCAUCUAGGGCUCGGGCCACAUCGAAGAAGCCCAUGUAUGUGGACAUUAGUGACGAUGACUGAACGAGGAGUCGCAGAGUAGAGUAUAUACAAGAAACGGUUUUUACGUCUUCCUGAGUAGCUUUUGGCUCAACAGCAUCAGCAUGAAUAGUUGCUCUACUUUUUUUAUAGACUUUGAAAAGUAUGAUUAAAGAUUUGUU